CCUUUUUUCUUCUUCAUAAAAAACCCAACAAAGAUCUUCUUCCAAGUUCUCGAAUUUCAAUCUCUCUCUCUCUCAACUCUCGUGAUAAUGAAUUCAAUGUUCAGUGCCUUCGACGCCAUGUGUGCAGAGAUUAUGGGAAUAAAAGUCACGGCUGAUUCCUCCUUGUCUUAUGUCUGCAACCGCUCUGAACGCAAGAAUUCUGCUUCUUCCGGCGGCGGCGGCGGUCAAACCGCGUCUUCCCUCAAGAAAGAUGAAAAAGCUGCAAAUUCGGCGACGAAGCAACCACGGUUUGCUUUAGAACUCGACGGAAUUCAUUGCUUCGAGACCAUUGUUCGUUCUUGAUUCAACCAAGAAAACAAGAUUUUGCAGAGUCUUUUUUUCUUUUUUUCCUUUUUUUUUGUUCGAUUCCUUUAAUGUGAAUACAAAUUUUGGGAAAAUUCAGUUCUUGGUGACUGGUUCAUCUGUGUUGCGGUUUAUGGCUAAUUGCUCGUGUUUUCUUUUCUAAUUCUUAAAUAUGUAAAUAUUAAAAAAGAGUUUUUUGCUUCUUUUCUGAUUCUCUAUAAGCAAAUAUC